UCGACCUCCGAGAAGAAGGCCCGGCAAGAUGGGUUUCCUGCAGGAUUUCCUCCCUUCUUCCUACCAUGGCAGCAUGAUUUUGCUCUUCCUCUUCUUCAUCAAUGGUGGAGCAUCUUUAGAGAUCUCCCCACAAAGUUCGACAGGAAGGGACCAAGCAGCAAGCUGUAACAUUUUCCAAGGAAGUUGGGUCUUGGACGAUUCAUACCCUCUCUAUGAUUCAUCACAAUGUUCAUUUUUGGACCCUGAGUUUGAUUGCCUCAAGAAUGGCAGACCUGAUCAUAUGUAUCUCAAGCAGAGAUGGCAACCACUUGGUUGUGACCUCCCCAAAUUCGAUGCCACAAAAUUUCUCUCGCAGUUGAGAGGGAAGAAGAUGAUGUUCGUUGGUGACUCUCUUGGGCGCAAUCAAUGGACGUCGCUCAUGUGCAUGCUCACAGCAGCGGUGCCAAGUUCCAGAACGCGAUUUGUAAAGGGACAACCAAUGUCAAGCUUGACAUUCCUGGAUUAUGGGUUUUCAUUGAUGUUCUAUAAGGCUCCAUAUCUGGUGGACAUUAAGCUGGACAGCAACGGAAGAGUCCUGAAGCUCGACUCCAUUCAACAGGCCCAAUGCUGGAAAGACAUCGACGUUUUGGUUUUCAAUUCAGGCCAUUGGUGGCAACACAUAGGUCCACAGCAACAAGGGUGGGACUACAUAGAGGUCGGGGGGCGCAUGUCCAGAGACAUGAACCGAUCACUUGCAUACGCCACUGGACUGAAGACAUGGGCGAACUGGAUCGAGACCAACAUAGAUCCUGCAAUGACCAAGGUGUUUUUCCAGGGCUUCCCAGCUACACAUUUCAACCCGUCAGAAUGGAACGGCACAAGUAAGAAAGCAUGCGCAGGCGAAACCCAGCCAGUGGAAGGUUCAACUUAUCCGGCUGGGCGCCCUCCCUUGCAGCUGGUGGUGGACGGCGUCCUUGCCGGCAUGACUAAGCCGGCCGUUUCUCUCCUGGACAUAACGGCCCUAACUCAGCUCCGCAAAGAUGGCCACCCCUCCGUCUACAACGAGGACCGUAACGCAGGUGCCGUUGACUGUUCUCACUACUGUUUGGCCGGCGUUCCGGAUGCUUGGAACCAGCUCGUCUAUGCUUCCUUAUUCUCUUCCUGAUCAAUUUGCGAGAUUAAGAACUGUCCCAUCAACGAAUUAAUGAAACAAAGAUCAUCGUGAGAAACCUGUUUUUUACAACAGUGGAAUAAAUCGUUAGGCAACCUAAUCUUAACUAUGAGAUCAAAGAUGACCAAUACUCAUUUAAUUUGCUCAACGCCAAGGGUUAGUGGAA